GCCGGCCCCACAGACGACAGGCUCCCCGGGGAACUGUCCCUUGCCUCUCCUCUCGGGCCAAGGCCGCUGGUUUUUUGGCCAGAAAAGCACUGAUUGUACUGGCCCAUGCCGAGAAGACGUCCUUCAACUAUGCCAUGAAGGAGGCUGCUGUAGAGGCUUUGAAGAGGAAAGGAUGGGAGGUCACUGUGUCGGACCUGUAUGCCAUGAACUUCAAUCCUGUCAUCUCCAGGAAGGACAUCACAGGUAAACUGAAGGACCCUGAGAACUUUCAGUAUCCGGCCGAGUCUGUUCUAGCUUAUAAAGAAGGCCGCCUGAGCCCAGAUAUUGUGGCUGAACAAAAGAAGCUGGAAGCUGCAGACCUUGUGAUUUUUCAGUUCCCACUGCAGUGGUUUGGAGUCCCUGCCAUCCUGAAAGGCUGGUUUGAACGAGUGCUCAUUGGGGAGUUUGCCUACACGUACGCUGCCAUGUAUGACAAGGGACCUUUCCGGAAUAAGAAAACAGUGCUGUCCAUAACCACUGGCGGCAGCGAAUCAAUGUACUCUCUGCAGGGUGUCCACGGGGACAUGAAUAUCAUUCUCUGGCCAAUUCAGAGUGGCACCCUGCAUUUCUGUGGCUUCCAGGUCUUAGAACCUCAACUGACAUACAGCAUUGGGCAUGUUCCCGCGGAUACCCGCCUUCAGAUCCUGGAAGGAUGGAAGAAACGGCUGGAGAAUAUUUGGGAUGAGACUGCACUGUAUUUUGCUCCUACUGGUUUCUUUGACCUAAACUUCCAGGCAGGAUUCUUAAUGAAAAAGGAGGUCCAGGAACAGCAGAAAAACAAGAAGUUUGGCCUUUCUGUGGGUCAUCACUUGGGCAAAUCCAUCCCACCCGAAAACCAGAUCAAAGCCAGAGAGUAAGAUACACAGGACUUGAUUUCCUUCUAAAAUGUAGCCAAAUCUAGGUAUCUUUUUCAGGCUUCCUUUAGUUUUUAAGAUUUGUGUUUUUCUUAAAACACAAGGGGAGAGAAUAGACUAUUCAUACAUUUUUGGGUAGUUUUAUUAAACAUAACUGAUUCUUACAAUUGCUAUCAUGGCAAAAUCUGAUUAGGUUCAAGAGGCCACUUAAAAUAUAAAGUAGGGAAAGGUACAGAAAGAUGCUAGACAAUAUUCUUUAAGGUCGUGCACACAACUUAAUCCCUCUUUUAGGGAUAAAUCUUUAGGGUUAACUCUGGCUAGAAAGCAUCGAAUGAUUUAUUUUUCUUUUCAUUACCUCUCUGUGGUUUACAGCAAAAGGGAAUUCCCCAAAGAAAGCAAUGACUUAAUCUGUCGGACCUGAGGGACUUGUUUAGUAGUUAGUAAUCUAUGCUUGUUUGUGAUAUACAUUGGUUUUAGUUACUGCAUAGUGACUGAUAUGCCUCAUAUGAGUGUGGUUAUUCUUCCUUUAACUCCUAUUACUUGUAUACAGUGUGCACAGAUACCCUGAAAUGAAAAGCUAAUAAAAGUCUCCUUUAACUCAAUUUUCUAAUGUACUGUCUGUAGAAAUAAAACAACUAUCUGUAUACUACAAUUUGCUACAAUGACUGAAUUCAAGAAAAGAAAUAGUACCCCAAUUCUUAAAAAACAGCCUUACAAUUCUUACAAACACUGCUUUAUUUCUGAUCUAUAUGACCAUCUGGAAAGUUUUUCCUGUAUCAUUGCUAAACUGGUAACUUUCCUUUUGAGGAUGUAUUUGGUCCCACAAUUUCUGGGAUAAAAUUGUAAACCUAGAGUUCGAUUUACUUUGGUGAACGAUUUUGGCACAAUAUUCUUAUUUCACCUUGAACUUGUUAAGCGCAGCUCCAUAGAGCUGGAACGUGAGGAGAGACUGCCCUCUUGUGGUGCACUGGAAGAAAAGAGCAAAUGAUGCAAAGCAAGGUUGCCUGGUACUGGGAGCAGCUUCCUACCUGCCAAGAAAAUGAUGGCGUCAGGCUAGGGAACCUUGGUUGCCAGAUGCCGACAGUCACUGGGUAUUUUUUCCUUUUACAGCAUCCAUGAUGACACAUGGCUUGGUGCUUCAGUUUGAAAAUAUUUUCUUUUGCCUUCAUCCUCACUGCAAUUUUGUAUAUGUUUCUAGAAGUUCCAAAUGAAAUAAAAUCCAUUUCUGCAAAACAAA